CUGGGCCAGGGUCUUAUUUAAGGGGGCUCAUCCCAGCCCCAGUCCUUGUCCCAGUGGAAGCAUCCAUCUACGAGUGCACCUCGACCUCUCCGGUGAAGCCUAAUCAUGUGUGACGACGACGAGACCACCGCCCUGGUGUGCGACAACGGCUCAGGCUUGGUCAAGGCCGGAUUUGCCGGAGAUGACGCUCCCCGUGCUGUCUUCCCUUCCAUCGUCGGAAGGCCCCGCCACCAGGGUGUGAUGGUGGGUAUGGGUCAGAAGGACAGCUACGUAGGUGAUGAGGCCCAGAGCAAGAGAGGGAUCCUGACCCUCAAGUACCCCAUCGAGCACGGCAUCAUCACCAACUGGGAUGAUAUGGAGAAGAUCUGGCACCACACCUUCUACAAUGAGCUGCGUGUUGCCCCUGAAGAGCACCCCACCCUCCUCACCGAAGCCCCUCUGAACCCCAAGGCCAACAGGGAAAAGAUGACCCAGAUCAUGUUUGAGACCUUCAACGUCCCCGCUAUGUAUGUGGCCAUCCAAGCCGUUCUGUCCUUGUACGCCUCGGGCCGUACCACCGGUAUUGUGCUGGACUCUGGCGACGGUGUGACCCACAACGUCCCGAUCUACGAGGGUUACGCUCUGCCACACGCCAUCAUGCGUCUGGAUCUGGCCGGUCGGGACCUCACCGACUACCUGAUGAAGAUCCUGACUGAGCGCGGUUACUCCUUUGUCACAACUGCCGAGCGUGAGAUCGUGCGCGACAUCAAGGAGAAGUUGUGCUACGUGGCUCUCGACUUUGAGAACGAGAUGGCCACCGCUGCCUCCUCUUCCUCCCUGGAAAAGAGCUACGAGCUGCCCGACGGGCAGGUCAUCACCAUCGGCAAUGAGCGUUUCCGUUGCCCCGAGACCUUGUUCCAGCCCUCUUUCAUUGGUAUGGAGUCCGCUGGUAUCCACGAGACCGCCUACAACAGCAUCAUGAAAUGCGACAUCGACAUCCGUAAGGACCUCUACGCCAACAACGUGCUGUCCGGCGGUACCACCAUGUACCCCGGUAUCGCUGACCGCAUGCAGAAGGAGAUUACAGCUCUGGCCCCAAGCACCAUGAAGAUCAAGAUCAUCGCCCCACCUGAGAGGAAGUACUCCGUUUGGAUCGGCGGCUCCAUCCUGGCUUCCCUGUCCACCUUCCAGCAGAUGUGGAUCAGCAAGCAGGAAUACGAUGAGGCAGGCCCGUCCAUUGUCCACAGGAAAUGCUUCUAAACGCACAAUCGACCUCAUUCUUCCUGGAUUCGUCCACCCUUGUCUCCUGUACAUAUAUGUUCUGUUGUAAUAAAACAAAGCCCUUGUGAGA